ACAACGCAACGCAACCCAGUAGUGGACAGGUUACGUCCCUGGAUACAGAUUUCAAAACACAAAUUUUAACAUCGGACGUCUUUUAAGUUAGCAGAAAGAUACGAAUGAAGAUUAAAUUCAGUAAAACGCCAGCAAUAUUACCGUUAUCUUUGUUAUUAGCAUAAAAAGCAGGAAUAUCGAGGUAUUAUGCAACUUUAAAGAUGAUGUUUAUUAAGGAGGAGAGUGAGGACAAUUGUGAUUCAGAACCCUGCAGACUAGAAAAUGAGCACCAAGAAGACCUGAUGGAAGUGAAAGAGGAAAGUCAAAUUGAAAACAGUUUGUCACAAAGCAGCACUCAGACAACAGUCAAAAAGCCUUUCACCUGCUCUCUGUGUGGAAAGCAAUGUGCCCAUAGAGGCCACCUGAACGAUCACAUGUUAACGCACACCGGAGAGAAGCCGUUCGCUUGCUCUCAGUGUGGAAGGAGAUUCGCACGCAGAAGAAGCCUCAGUGAUCACAUACUAAUUCACAAUGGACAGAAGCCUUUCGUCUGUCCUCAAUGUGGAAAGAGUUACAAACGCAACGAACACUUUCAGUGUCACUUACUAAGUCACGAUGGAAGCAAACCCUUCACCUGCUCUCAGUGUGGAAAGAGUUUCAGUUAUAAGCGAACCCUUAACGACCACAUCAAAAUCCACACUGGAGAGUGUCUUCACACGUGCCUUCAGUGCGGAAAGAGUUUCCUGAAUAAAGGACACCUUAAGGAACACGAAAAAAUCCACACCGGAGAGCGACCUUUCGCCUGCCCUCGGUGCGGAAAGAGCUUCAUCAGUAAGCGAGACGUCACGUCUCACAUGAGAAUUCACACCGAAGAGAAGCCUUUCAAAUGCCUUCAGUGUGGAAAGGGUUUUGCAUGGGCAAGCUGUCUGAAAAUCCACAUGCGCCACUCUCACUCUGAAGAAAGAGGGUUUACCUGUGAGCACUGCAGUAAAACAUUUGUUUUAGAGUCCUAUCUAAAGAGACACUUGAAGAUUCAUCAGAACGAGAAACCUCAUGUCUGUUCGGUUUGCGGGAAAAGUUUCCUAUGGCUUCUGUGUUUCAAAGCGCACCAGAAAAUACAUGAGGGUGUGAAAACCCAUGUGUGCUCGCAGUGCGGGAGGGCCUUUGCUACAGUUGACUAUUUGAUAAAACACCAAAAAAUCCAUACGGGAGAACGGCCGUACGUGUGCUUGCAUUGCGGAAAGAGUUUCGGAAAGAAAGCAAACCUGGUAGAUCAUGUAAGACUGCAUACUGGAGAAAAGCCGUACACCUGCGCUCAGUGUGGAAGCAGUUUCACCUCAAGAAAAGGUCUAAGCUAUCACAGAGAAAAGCAGUGUUCUCAAAGCAUGCCAAAUUCACGCUCGGUUGAAAUUCAGAUAGAGCCAGAUACACCCAUAGACAGUGUUUCUACCAAAAAAGCAAUUACAUCUACACUGUAAAAACAAUUUGUUGAGUCAACUUAAAAUAAUGUGUAACCUGGCUACCUUAACAUUUUAAGUUAAGUCAACUCAAAAAAGUAAGUGACAGCUUAGAUAUUUGAGUUCAUUCAACUUAAAAUUUUAAGGCAGUUGGGUAACAAGCCCAGCUUUUAAGUUUAGCAAACCAUUUUUUGUUUAGUGAAGUCAAAUAUCUAAGUUGUCACUUAAUACAACUUAAAGUUGACUAAACUUAUUUGAGUUGAUUGAACUUAAAAUUUUAGGGCAGCUGGGUAACAAAUUAUUUUAAGUUGGCUCAACAAUUUUUUUUUUU